AUGGAGGGAGGGCAGCAGUUACGAUUGCUGCUAUGGAAGGACUACCUCAUACGAAAGAGAAAACUGAUAACUCUGGUGGGUAUAAUAUGGGCGACACUGGUCAUGUGCAGUCUGUACAUCGUCAGGGUCAACGUCGACAAUGUCAACUAUCCUACUUGUGCAUUCCCUGCGCGUGCGCUGCCCAGCGCUGGCAUGCUGCGGUUCAUGCAGUCGUUUAUGUGCACCGUCAACAACGAAUGCUCUCCGCUCGAACAGUAUGACGAGAUACCUUUAUAUGAAAACUCCAAACUCACACAGCUGCAACGGACACUAGAACCAAUAUUCAACGAUACUGUACUAGAUAUAGCGAGUUCAGUUCCCGAUGCUAUCAAACUGCUCGCUACGCUAGCUAAUGUUGUGGACGAACCAGCGUUUAUAGAAAUUAGCAAUAAUGGUCUAAAAGUUAAAGAUCUAUUCGAAAAGCCGUCGAGGGUGAGACGGUACGUGUCAGACAAGUUGAAGAUAAAUGAUGACGUCACACAGAGCAUCAUGAACGCCGAGCUUAGUUUACAAGGUUUAAUAAAAGGGAAUAUAGAUAGAUGCAGUACAGCGUCUUUGGAAGAAACGAUUAUAAUAGAAAACCACGAACACUUGAGCGUAUUAAAGGAAAAGUUGUGUUCAAUGUCAAUGGACGAGCUGCAGAAGAUGAUGAUCGAUAUUUUGUUCCAAGUCAACUACAGUAAAUACUUGACGAUGCUAGGAGAUAUGUACUACAAAAUGUCUGGAGACAAACGUUUGAACACAAUUGGCAACAUGUUGACGGCAGUGCUACGUAUGAUGAAACUCCAGAACUUCUUACCACGGGAGCUGGUCUCCAUAUUCCAAGGUCAAGAUUCGGAUUUCAGUUACAUGCAGCUGACUUUGAUACCAAAGCUUAUGGAUCUAUUUCAACCAACGUUUGGCGAUACUCAAUCUUUUGAAAUUAUCAACGGAUUUUCCAAUGCCAUUGUAGUCGGACUGCAAUAUAUGGAUAAAGUGUUUGCCAAACAAAGAAAUAGUCAAAUAGAGGUGGUUUCUAGCAAUGAAACCACAAACGGCUUACAAGCUAUUUCUGAAGUAUUCCACAAUGCUGCAGAAGUGUUUGAAGAAAAUAUGCAAAAGGAUUCCUCUAUUGAUGCAUUCAGUAUAUUGACUCAAAUAAUGAACUUCAUCACCAAGUUCCUUCCAGCCAGCACAAAACACGAUGUUCUAUUUUAUUCGACUCUUCUUGCGAAGCUGAUGGAAAGUGCCCAGAAAGUAGUCGAUAUAAACAUGAAUAUAGAACACUUGACCUAUAACGUUACCUUGAGGCAUCCCGGCGCCAUUAACAUUCUUAAAGAAUUACCACCAGUCGUUGUUGGCAAAGCUUUUGAAGCUUUAGCUGAUGCAGAGAGGACACAGAUUCUGACGUCAAAGAUAAAUCUUCCGGGGCAAAUGUUCUGUGACACUUACAAGCUUCAAACUUUCUUCGUUGUAUCAAAGGGUGAAGCGGAAUCCCUGAAGAAACAACUAUGCACGGAUAUUUGGAGGAACUAUGUUUCGGAUUUAGUUAAAUCGUUUGGAGUCUUUGAAGUGAAAAAUAAUAUUAAUAACAUGGCGUCCCUUUUAAUCCAAGAAACUCUUGGCAAGGACACAAAUGACCAGCUCUACACGAUUGAGCAAGAUUUUAAAAUCUUUAAGAAUUUUACUCAGGCUCUCGCAAGCAUUGAAUCUGAACACCGUCAGCCAGUUGACUGGAACUCACUGUUCCACGUAGAGGAAGACUCUGAACUUAUGAAAGCUACACGAGCUAAAGGUCAUUUAGGAAAACAAAUAUUAAUAGUCGUCCAUGGUGCCAUAGCAAAGGAAAUUGUUCAUCAGAAUCCUAUCCUCGACUUUAAGAUUUCUCCGUAUUUGAAUGAUGUUAUCAUCCUGGUGUCGGCGAUAAACGAACAGUUGGAAAAGAGCUCCGUGAGUCAGGCUCAAGCAUUUAAGGACGUGUACCCUGAUGUAGUUCUGACUUUACUGAUGACUGCACUUAAUGAGGAAAAGACGUACAAAGCUCUUUCGACGAAUGGAGUCGAUGUAUUAUGUAAUGGAGUAGAUGUUGCUGAUGAGUAUCUAGUACUGCCAACGGAAGACGAUAAAAAGAAGAGAAUUGUCACAUCUAUGUGUGAUGCAACCGUUGCAAUUGAAAAUGGACUGGAAGCUGACUCUGUUGUUUUUAGAGCCAUCCAAACCAUCAUGAACUCCGCUCAUCCAGUCGUGACCCUAAACUGGAAUAAGCUAAUCAACAAUUUGAAAAACCUUUACACGAAGCUGGAUAGAGACUAUCCAUACCUGUUCCAGUUCCAGACAUACAAAAUGAAUAACUCCACCAAGAAACUGGCGAACUCAUUGUAUGCCGAAGCUAAGGAGUACUGGUUUGGAGUAAGGAACAUGGAAAGGAGUUUGAGGUUGAGCUUCAAAUUCGCAUUCCGUUUUCUUGACCUGUUGGACUUUGGCUUAUUCAAUAUGCACUCCGAGUUCUGGCUGCGUAUGAAGUAUGUCAUCACCAGGACGGUUGGACCUUUGGAUGUUUUCGACGAAACUGUUAGAUUAGUUGCAGCGUUAUUGAGUAAUGACACCUACUCUAGUGAUCUACCGCGCACAACUGUAGCAGCCCUCGAAAAGAUUAUACCAAACAUACCCCAGCUGACUGUCGAUGCUGUUGACAUUAUCAAAAAUGGUGAUACGAAUAUAGAAGCAGUUAUAUCUCUUCUGAACUCGGAUCCACCAUGGCCCUGUUCCACUUCCAGCAUGGCACAACUGUUGGCGUUAUCCCCCACCUCCAUGAAGGCUAUGGAAGGGAUGGAGACAAUCAUGUGUAUGAACAAAGAGUUUCAAGACGAAUGGAGAGCUUAUUUCGAUGCUAAGAACGUAUCUUUGAGUAACUUUACCACUUGGAACACAACCAACUACCAGCCCCAUCUCUUCCUCAAGUUCUCUUCAUCUUUCGAUUCCUUAAUGGAAGACAUCGUCAUCAGCAGGAAAGCCUUGCAGUACGCAUUCAAUGACACUGCUGAUAGAAAGCUUGGUUUGAAGGCUGCUUGGGAUUAUGCUGUGAAGACACUUAAUACUACAGAGAGGGAUGAAAUAAUGAGGUCUCUUUUCACUAAGUUCGAUACCGUAUUAAAUGCAUUGAACACCUCCUCGAUACCAAGCGAUGUUUCUAUGAACAAUCUCUUCGAGAGGUACACCAAGUGUAUCUUCAACGGCAUGGACGAUGACUGCCGACUCCUCGGCAGGAAGGCGUGGCAGAACUUCUUCGAAUCUUUCUCUAUUAUACUUGAGAAUAUGGCUACCGAUUUGUUGACUUACUUCAGAGAAGCUAAUGAACCCAACUUAAACAUGUUACAAUUAUUGGGUUUCACACGGAGUACCGGUCUGUACAUCUUAUACGACAAGAUGCCUGAGUUCAUGGGAGUUUUACUCAAUUCUUACUGGGAUUACGGCUUCAUGAGUCAGGUCCGUAGAGCAUCUCUGUCCCAAUUCUGGGAUUGUGAGGCUGUACUGUCGUCCAUGGUGCCUCCUGCAGGUAGCAUCAUAGAUUCAACUCUUAUGAACAAAGUGAAACCUUUCGUCUGCCCCUCAUUCCUGCACUGGAUCUCUCUGCCAAGAGGAGAUAACACAUUACUUGAUGUGUUUUCUAAACCUCAAUAUUUCUUCUUCACAUUGCCCGUAUCCAAUCUAACGAGCAGAUUUGAAAAAGCCUUCACCAAAGCUAUGGAAUUAACCAAUUAUUUGACUGAAAUCUCUAAGAAGAACCAAACUCUACUAACGGAAGAUGACGUUAAGAUGAAUUCAAUUGAAGGAAAACUGAAGAAAGCUGUUGAUGCUGUUUUAACUUUCAAACUCGAUAAAAAUAAUCCAUCAUAUCGUUUGUUCAACGAAAUUAAUUUGAAACAAUUCGCAGCGCACGUAUACUUAACUAGAAUAGUUGGUAUCGUGAACAAACUAUCAGAAGAGCUCAAUAGUUUAAAUAUAACGGAUGUAGUAACUGAUACUGAGGAAGAAGUGAAAGCAGCUGCAGCUGAUUUAAAAGUGAUCAAAUAUUUAUUUAAACGAAAACCUACAGAUGCUAUAACUAUAACACUUUGA